AUAUGGGAUCCUGAGGCUUGUAAGGGGAGAAUGGAGCCACCACGUCAGGCCCUUAACUUACAAAUUCUAAGUAGAAACCCUGCAGUGUCUCCAGGGUCAGGCCAGUAACUGCAGGGGCUGCUUGGUGACACAAGAGGGUGGCGUCUAGAGGGGAUGUGCUGGCUGAGAGCAGGACUACAUGAUUGUGCUAAAGGUAGAUGAGUUGUCCAUUUCUGGAUUGAUCCAUCUCAUUCAGGACUAUAAGGGUAGGGGGACUAACAUCCUAAAAUCCACUGGGCUGUUUGCUUUUAGGAAUGUGUGUAAUGAAAACCUGUAGGUAAAGGUAGUGUCUGGGACUCUUAGGUCCUUUCUUGGGGUUCAAGUUCUUCCUGGGGAACUACAGCUGCAGCCUGGGACUGGAGUGGGGGGGGCACGGGCAGUGGGGCCCUGGUCUGCUGAGAGCUGGCUAAGGCAAGGGUGCGGCUGCUCUGCCCUCUACCCCCAGGGCGUUCCCUGGGUGGGGUGCAAGUCUGGAGGGAGGCUCCUGGCACACAGGGCUCUGGAAUCUCAGGCAUGAAGCUGCAGCCUCAGGUUUCCAGGGGCUGGGUCCUCCUCCCCAGGGCUCGGGAGGGGGCCAGGCCUGAGGGGGCGCUCCAGGCUGGCGUAUGAGUCACACCCCUCAGCCUUGGUGCUGAGGCCUGUUCACUGCCUAGUCCCCUCUCCCCCACCCCUGCUUAUUGCGAGAGCCCACCCAGUUCCCUCCCUCAGUGGGCUGUACUUUGGGGAGGGAGGGGCAGGCGCACCUGGCCUCCUUGGCAGCCUGAAUAACCAGCUCCUCCAGGCCUGAAGUCUCUGGUGGGAGGGCUGCAAUGGAGUCAGUGGCUAUGGGGCUCCCCAGGAGGUGGCCUCGCUUAUGGCUGUUGAUGCCAGUGGCCAUGCUGAGCUGGCUGCCACCCUGCCUCAGCCUGGAACUGCUCCCCUACACGCCUCAGAUAACUGCCUGGGAGCUGGAAGGCAAGGUGACCGCCACCACGUUCUCACUGGAACAGCCGCGCUGCGUCUUCGACUCCCUUGCUGACACAGCUGGCACGGUCUGGCUCGUGGUAGCCCUCAGCAAUGUCUCCAGGGACUUCCGGAAUCCGCAGACACUGGCCGAGAUCCCUGCCUCCCCACAGCUGCACACCCAGGGCCACUACAUGACAUUGCCCCUGUCUCUGCGCCAGCUACCUUGUCAGGACCCCGCGGGGGACAGCAGAAACAUCCCCCUGCUGCGAGUGGGCAACGACUUCGGCUGCCAACAGCAACCCUACUGCAAUGCCCCUCUCCCUGGCCCCGGGCCUUACAGUGUCAAGUUCCUCCUGAUUGAUGCCAGCGGCUCCCCCAGGGCUGAGACCAGGUGGUCAGACCCCAUCACCUUGCACCAAGGGGUGGCCCCGGGCACCAUCGACACAUGGCCUGGGCGGCGCAGCGGCGGCAUGAUUGUCAUCACCUCGGUCCUCUGUGUCCUGACCGGCCUCCUGCUCCUGGCCUUCCUGGCAGCCUCCACCAUGCGCUUCUCCAGCCUGUGGUGGCCCGAGGAGGCACCUGAACAGCUGCGGAUCGGCUCCUUCCGAGGCACGCGCUACACCACUCACCACAUCCCACCCAGUGAGGCCGUCACCCUGCCUGUGGGCUGCGAGCCAGGCCUCGACCCCCUCCCCAGCCUCAGCUCCUAACCCCAUCACUGGGCAUGGCCCUGUCCCCCUGCCUGCAACU